AUGGAGGCGACAACUCGAAUGCAGACGGGCGAAGUUGGAUGCGAUUCGCAUGCAUGGACCGAUGACGGAGUACGGAAGGGCAGGGUGGUGAUAGCACUGGUGGUGAUGAGCUCCAUCCUUGGCCGAGGAUUUUGGACCCUUGCAGGCUUUGUGAUGAUGGACCUGGUGGACAACAGCAGCACUCCUGAGGAGCUACUCCGAAGGGUCCUUCCAACGGCCGAGCACGUGGUGCCGAACCUGAGGAAACCUCUCCUGCUCCAGAUGCGGUCGAGAGCAGAUCGGCCAAGUGCUGCGAGCUGGGUUCACGAGAUGCUAGAUUCGGCGUCUAGUGUGACUGCACACGAGCCACCUCUUCUGCGAUCCCAGCCGAUGUUGGCAUCUCAUUAUGAACAGUGCUUGCGAGCAGAUUGGCCAAGUGAUGCGACAUCCCCACAGCCUCUUUGA